AUAUAUUUCCAUGUUGACUUAUCCCAGCCGACCACUUUCUCUCUCUCUCUCCUCGACCUUUGGUGAGGGACAGAGUGAGAUAGAGGGACUCAUAUCAUUCCUUUUUCAGUUGUUGUGUGCCUCUCCAGUUGCUUUGGUGUGCGAGAGAAACCCCCACAAGCCUCUCUCUCUCUCUCUUUCUCUCUCUCUUCAGGAUUACAUGCAUGAAACAAUUAAGGCAUUCCUUUUGUAUCACUUCCACGCAUCUCUUGUUCAUUUACACUAAUGGGUACAUGUUAGUUUCUGAUUUAAGUGCCCAUUUUGCUAGGUAUACAUCAGAAAGUGGAGCUCUCCCAUGUCUGCAGCUCUCUCUCUCUCUCUCUCUCUCUUUAUGCAGCUGGAAGGGUUAAUUUGCAGCUUUAUUGCUGAUCAUCAGAGAUACUACUGAAAUCUGCUUGACUUGUUAUUAUUGUCUCCCACUCAAAAGCCAAGCGCAUAGGCUCAAGGAAACAACAUGGUGAAGAUGAUGAUGAUGAAGGACCCCGUGUUGGAUGAAUGAGGUAAGAUCUGUUAAGGGCAUGUUCCACUGUCCUGAAGUGAUAAUUGCUUGUCACCUUUGGGGUAAAGAAGAAGAAAAUUGCAAAAAUGAAGUUUAUGAAACUAGGAACACGGCCGGAUACUUUCUAUACAGAAGAGGCUACCAGGUCUGUAAUAUCAGAUGUACCUAGUGACUUCGUUGUACAUAUCAACAACAUUAGUUACCUUCUUCAUAAGUUGCAGUUUCCCCUUCUUCCAAAGUGUGGCCUUCUACAAAGAUUAUGUUCAGAUUCUGAUGAUUCAAGCACUGUUAGUAUAGAGCUUCAUGACCUUCCUGGAGGGGAAGAAGCUUUUGAGCUGUGUGCUAAGUAUUGCUAUGGCAUAACAAUCGAUCUCAGUGCACAUAAUUUUGUACCUGCCUUUUGUGCAGCUAAAUUCCUUCGAAUGACUGAAUCGAUUGAGAAGGGAAAUUUUGUUCUGAAACUCGAGUACUUCUUCAAUUCGUGCAUACUUGAAGGUUGGAAGGAUUCCAUUACCACUCUGCAGACCACAGCCAAGUUGACCGAGUGGUCAGAGAACCUUGGAAUCAUCAGAAAAUGCAUCGAUUCAAUUGCCCAAAAAAUCCUCACUGCCCCAGAAAAGGUCACAUGGUCCUACACUUAUACUAGGCCAGGGUACAAAAAGACCCGGGAGUCCAUCCCGAGGGAUUGGUGGACAGAGGACAUAUCUGACCUUGAUAUAGAUCUCUUUCGAUUUAUAAUCACAGCCAUCAGAUCAACAUAUAUGCUGCCACCACAGCUUAUAGGUGAAGCCUUGCACGUAUAUGCCUGUCGUUGGUUACCAGACACUAAAAGGAUUAAACCCCAUGAGAGUUCAGUUUCUCAAAAUGAUGAUGAUGUUACAGAAAAGAAUAGACGAAUUCUUGAAUCCAUUGUGAGUAUGAUUCCAGAAGACAGAGGAUCAGUUUCAGCUGGUUUCUUGCUAAGACUUCUUGGCAUUGCAAACUACCUAGGAGCAUCCCCAGUUCUGAAGACAGAACUCAUAAGGAAAUCUAGUCUGCAAAUAGAAGAGGCAACAGUGAGCGACUUAGUGUUUCCUUCACAAUCAUCCUCCAGUCAGCAUCUUUAUGAUACUGAUUUGGUUCUGUCGGUAGUAGAAAGUUUCUUGAUUCUAUGGAGAAGACAACCACCAGAAACCGUAGAAAACACUCGGCUUAUAAGAGCAAUUAGAAAGGUUGGAAAGCUCAUUGACACUUACCUCCAAGUGGUUUCAAGGGAUAAGAACAUGCCUGUAUCAAAAGUAGUAUCACUUGCUGAAGCUUUACCAGAUAUUGCCAGGAAAGAUCAUGAUGACCUUUACAAGGCUAUCAACAUUUAUCUCAAGGAGCAUCCUGAUCUAGGCAAAGAAGACAAGAAGCGUUUAUGCAGGAGUCUAGACUGCCAAAAGUUGUCUCGAGAAGUGCGAGCCCACGCUGUGAAGAACGAGCGGCUACCAUUGAGAACAGUUGUUCAAGUCCUUUUCUUUGAGCAAGAGAAAGGUUCCAGGGCAACUGAUUCUAGAAUGCUACCGCGCGAAUUAUUCUCCAGGGGGAAACAGAUGCAAAUAUCUGGAGAAGAACUAAAUAAGCUACAUUUAGGUGGAGAUGAGCAAUCUGUCAGAAUGGAGGAAAUGAGAAGAACUCCAAUGCCCAACCUCAAUAAGCUACAUUUAGGUGGAGAUGAGCAAUCUGUCAGACUAGAGGAAAUGAGAAGAACUGCAAUGCCUGAAAGCAGCACAAGAGAUUUUCCCAAAAACAAGAGACCAGAUAAAAAUUCACAGCUUGAAUCUGAAAUAGAGGAAGUAGAAUCCAAGUGGGAGAAAGAUGCUAGAGAAGAAGGAAUCUCUGGAAGCAAGUUAGACCCCAAGAAAAUAUUGCAAAGCAGAAUUAGAUUGGACCACGGCCCUGAUAAAGUUAGGGACAGAUAGCACAAUGACCACUUCUCUCCUUUCUUCUGCACUGUUGCAAUUCCGUUCUUUCUGCAAGAAAUGUUCAAUUUUGGAGUCAGUUUCUCCAUUUGUUUCAGUAUUUAGACUUUAUACCUCUUAGCAGCUUCCAAUUUUAUUUAUUUAUUUAUUUUUA